CACCCGAUUAGUCAACCCGGAGCAAUCGAACAGCAAUGAUGUUGUUCUCCCUCGAAGCGUUGGUCGCGAUUGCGGCGGUAGUGGGCGGCUUCGUGUAUUACGUCGUUCGCAAGCAAUCAUACUGGAAAGAUUGUGGAGUGCCCCACCCAAAGCCGGCAUUUUUCUUUGGCAGCUUUAAGGACGCCGGUACGAAGGAACACUUAACGACUCAGCUAGAACAGUACUAUGGCGAACAUAAAGGCAAAUAUCCGUUUAUGGGAGCGUACAUGUUCCUGUCACCUAUCGUACUGCUGACCGAUCUCGAUCUGAUCAAAACUGUGCUUGUGAAGGAUUUCCAGUACUUCCACGAUCGAGGGCUGUUCUAUAAUGAAAAGCAUGAUCCCCUGUCUGCCCAUCUCUUCAAUCUCGAUGGUCAAAAGUGGCGCAAUCUGCGCAACAAGCUCUCGCCAACGUUUACCUCGGGCAAGAUGAAGAUGAUGUUUCCGACGAUCGUAGUCGCCGGCAAGCAACUGAACGAUUUCAUGCUGACCACGGUCGAGAAGCAGGACGAGUUUGAGCUGAAAGAUAUCUUGGCACGCUUCACCACGGACGUAAUCGGAACGUGCGCGUUUGGCAUCGAGUGUAACAGCAUGAAGGAUCCGGACGCCAAAUUUCGCGCCAUCGGCAAACGGCUGAUCGAUGAGCAGCCGUCGAAUGGAAAGAACAUGCUGAUACAGUUGGUACCGAAGCUGUGCAAGUUUUUCGGUUUACGUAUCAUCGAUACGGAUGUGUCCGAGUUUCUGUUGAAUGUGGUGCGCGAAACGAUCGAUUACCGGGUGGAGCAUGGAAUCCAGCGGAACGAUUUCAUGGAUUUACUCAUCAAAAUGCUACGCAACACCGAGAACCCGGAAGAGUCGCUCACGUUUAACGAAGUAGCGGCACAGGCGUUUGUGUUCUUUUUUGCCGGAUUUGAGACUUCGUCGACGCUGCUCACCUGGACGCUGUACGAGCUGGCCCAGAACCAGGAGAUUCAGCAACGGGGACGCCAGUGUGUGAAUGAUGUGCUGGGACGCCACAACGGUGAGAUGACGUACGAGUCCGUUCUGGAGAUGAAGUAUCUGGAUCAAAUCCUGAAUGAAUCCUUGCGGAAAUAUCCUCCGGCACCAAUGCUCUUCCGAAUGACGGCCAAGGAUUACCGUGUUCCCGAUACCGAUUCGACUAUCCUUGCCGGAACUCCCGUAUUUGUGCCGAUCUAUGCAAUCCAUCGGGAUCCCGAUCUAUUCCCAGAGCCGCUCAAGUUCGAUCCGGAGCGCUUCAGCCCUGAGGAGGAAGCCAAACGGCAUCCAUUUGCCUUUACGCCUUUUGGGGAGGGACCGAGGAAUUGCAUUGGCCUGCGGUUCGGCAUGAUGCAAGCGCGAGUUGGAUUGGCCUAUCUGCUGAAAAGCUUUCAGUUUAGCACGUACGAGAAAACCUCGAUCCCGAUGCGGUUCGUCGAGAAUAGCUUCAUUUUGGGUCCGAAAGAUGGUCUUUGGUUGAAGGUUGCUAAAUUGUAGAUGAUUCACUUCAUGAUGCGCAUAACAUUUCAUUGCCUUCAACGACAAAAGUGCCGCUGCUGGCCAACAGAAUGCGCUUCGAUAAAAUUCUAAUCUUAUCAGAGCACUCUUAUCGAUUGAUACACACUUGAACGUUAGCGAUAGUAGUUAUUCAGCCGCAUAAAACAUACACUAACGCAUUGCAUUAAAACAUUUUGUGGAGUUUAAAUUGAAAUACAAACAACCAGCAGUUUAAUUCAUCCUCUUGAA